GGCUUGAACCCAGGUCCUUGCGCCCUGUAGUGUGUGUGCUUAAUCGGGUGCACCACGGCCUGGCCUCUGCAAAGAUGACACUUUGGAAAUGCAGCAAGAAUGGAAAGUCUGUGGGUCUUGGAGAUCUGCUGAUUGCGGCUGAGUUUCUGCUCUGUGAAGUUGAACCUCUGCUUGACUUCCUAAGACCUGCUCUUUCUUCCUCUCCUCCCAUCUCUCUCUCUCUCUCCUCCCUCUCUCCCUCUCUUUGUAGGGCAGGGAGAAACUCAGAAGGCACAGGGAGAUAAGGAGGGAGGGCAGUGGUAGCACUGCUUCGUCACUUAUGUACCUCCUUCCCACGCAGGUGGGAGCCAGGGUCUAGAACCCACAUCCUCACAUAAGGUGACAGGUGGCUCAGCCACAUAGGCCACUGCCUGGCUCUGGCCUGACAGUUGUGAGCAUCAGGGAGCACAUGUGGCUGUCCUGUGCCAGCCCGGGUGCCGCCUCUGCCCCUGAGCCGGGCUUUCUGCACCGCAGGCUCUGCACGGGCUGCCGAGUGACGGUUCCCGGCUUGCUGGAGCAGGUUGGUAUUCUCCUGUGGGAGCGCCACGGCUGAUGCCACCACCUGUCGCCCCGGUCAGCCCCGGUACAAUGGACAACAGGAGCGGCCAGGUGUUCGAGGAGGCUAGGAUCAAGAUGCUGGAGGUCCAGCCAGGUCCUGGCUUGAGGGCCAUGGACAAGAGAGCUGGCGUUGAGUCUAGUAUGUUCGACAUCAGCCAGGUGAUUCUAGAUGCUGCGGAGAUGGGCAGUGAAAUGCAGCCCUCAUUAACUCUGGGGGAGCCGGAGAAGAGGUCUGGGCACAUAGACAUGUCGGAGGAGGACUCCCCAGCACCCAGGACCCAGGAGCAGAGGCAUUUGGCAGAAGCAGGGAAGAAGAAGUCAUCCUGCCCCCCCCCGAAAGGACCCAGGGAGCUUCAAACAGGGCUGGAUCAGACCAGCGCAGGAAGUGACCCCGCGGCUUUGCCCACCGGUGCACCUGCAGCUAACAAAAGGCUGCAGAACCAGGGUGUGGAGGAGGAGGCUGAGGACCAGCUGGGGAGCCCACAGAGCCCAAGGACCCUGGAGGCGCAAGCCACUGAGAGCUUCGAGGGCCGGGCGUGUCAUCCCACUCCAGGUCCCCAAGCAGAAAAUGGGGCAGAUGUAGUCCAGCUGACAGAGCCUUGCUGCACCUUGGACUGCGGUGGACAGCAGCCGAGAGACCGGGCCCCCAAGGAGACAGGUGCCCCACAGAUGAGGCCACAGGAGACACCGUCGGAGCCUGAGCCAGGAGAGCUUGAGAACGGUUCCCAGGACGUGACGGCCCCAGCGCCCACAGCAAUUCAGAAGGAAGAAACUGCCGACUGCUGCUCACUUCCCACGCCAGGAUCCCACGCAGUCCCUCUCCCCGACGCUCUCCUGCCGAGUUCUGGGGGUAAACCUGUGGAGCCUCAGCCAGCACCAGUACCUGCUUCUCCACCAGUGGUGAAGGACUCUGAAGAGUGGAGGUCGCUGGACGAUGUGCAGAAGCAGCCUCAGCCCCCCACGCUAACCACCAUGGCCCAGAGCCUUAAGACCACCUGCCAGGGCUUCAUGAAGUGCUUGCUGGAGGUGGAAGAAGAGGAAGCCAUGAUUCGAAGGGCCACUAAAGCCCGGGCCCUGCAGAACCGGAAGUCCCCCAGGACCCUGACCCCCAUGCCCACCUCUACCCUGGCUGGCAACUCAGCCCCAAGCCUGCCUAAACCUCCCAACUCAGCACCUGCCACAGCCCCAUCCUGGGUCCGGCCGCCGGCCCCUGGGCCUAUUCCUGCCUCCAUAGGGGCCCUCGUCCCGGCCUCCUCCCCAGAUAUGAGCUGGAGAAGGAUGGAAUUCUUACAGCAGAACUAUGAGAGGAGCCUGGCACGACCCACCGAGUGUGACGAGAGCAACUUGCUGAAGUUGUUUCAGAACUGGAAGGAGAAGUCGGAGGAGCACCUCACCCUGAGGCAAGAGGAAGCCUUCCGCAGCUACUUUGACAUCUUCAAAGGCCACGGAGAGGUGGACGCACACAGCCUGGAGAACACCCUGCUGUUUGUGGGCAUCUCCCUGAUGCCAGCCCAGGUGGAGGCCGCCCUGAUGAGCGCCGACAUCGACGGAGACGGCCAUGUGAGCUUCAAAGACUUCCUGGCCGUGAUGACAGACACCAAGCGCUUCUUCUGCUCUGUGGAACAGAACACCCUGACAGACAUGGCUCCCUCGAAUCCUCACACCCUGUUCUUCGAGAUCCUGUCCUUGCUGGUGGAGAUGCUGGCUUUACCUGAAGCGGCCUUGGAGGAGAUCACCAACUAUUACCAGAAGAAGCUGAAGGAAGGCACCACAAGGGUCCGAGAGAUAGAGUCAACCAUAGGCAGGCUGCGGCCCAGGAAGAAGCUUCCUUACGCCCAGCAGCAGGUAGAAAAUUUUGACGUGCCGGAACGAAGAGUCCUCCGAAUCCUUAGCCGGCUGAAGCAGCAGAACUAUGCGGACAACCUGCAGAGCCCCUACGCCCAAGUGCCCUGCAUCCCGCUCUGCCCGCGGCUGGAUAAGAAGAUGGUCUGCAGGAAGCAGGGAAGCCACCACGUGCUGGACCAGUACCCCCCCACCUACCUGGGCCCUGACAUCCGGAGCUUUUUCUUCCAGCCAGGAUCUCAAGGAAGCAGGGAACACAGCUCUGACGGGCGGAAGUGGCUUGGCUCUAUGUUGGCUCGAACCCACUGACCCUGUGGAGUCCUGCCGGGGUAGCUGUUCGAGGUCUGCAGACAGAUGGGCCGUCGGGCAGGGGCCGGCACUGGAUAUUGCUGUGGCCUGGUGAGCCAAUAAACACCGACAGCCUCAGCCUGUGUCUGCUA